AUGGUCAUAAUUAGGCCGGUGAGUGUGAAGGGCGACACCUGCGCUCGUAUCAGCCGAUCUGGCCGUUACGGUUUAUGGGGUUUCUACCAAAAACAAUUGGAAUGGCAAAAAGUAAUGCGGGUACCAGGUACGGGGAGUGCGGGCCGCGGCGGGGUUCCACAAUUUAUGAUUGCGCCGUGUCAACGUGUUAAUGAACUGUUGCUCUUUAUUGAGAUAACUCCGGCAAUCUAUGGCUGA